UUUCGCGGCGUUUGCUUCGACUCGACGGUCGCGUCGUGAUCCUUGUCAUUCUUCGUGUCGGAGCGACGACGAGGGGACAAGACUCGGGAUUUUCGAUAGCUCGUUACAUUCUCAUUGGGGGUGAAAAAAGAAGUUCAAAAAGUACACAAAGAAGGUGGCGAGCGGGUUGAGUUUGCAUUGGAAAAGAUUUCAGUAAUAAAGUUCCGUCUGAAGCAGGCGGUUAGCGUUCGGUGACCGGCUCGAAGCUCGUCGGGGCAACAUUUUCAUAUUUAUAAUAUGAAGAAACUCAAUUUUGCGGUGAUUCGAGGAGAGUGAAAAACGAGCGAAAGAUCGAUAACUCAUCGGUUUUCUUUUUUUUCGUUCCUCGAUCGACGAGAGUGAAUUGACGUGAAAAAUAUUCGGGGUUAAAAAUGAGGGGGCAGAACGACAGUAAAAAAUUGGGUGAAAAACGAUGACGAGCGUUGAAAUAGUUUUUCGACGAUUACCAACACGCCCCGGUCGUUUCCUCUGAACCGUGCUCCAUUGUGCAAGUGCGUUCGAUGUGCCCCGUCGAAAUUUCAUCGGCGAUCCCACGUGGAUUUCAUAGAAUAAGGUCAAUCGGGAUCUCCCUCGCACUACUGACUACACUCACGUUCAACGCACAAGGUCACGUUGUUUCGGAGUUUCGAAAACCAACAGAAGCCCACCGGACUCAGACGAUACGGAAAAGUCUCGAGGCAAUAAUGUCACGAAAUUUGAUUUCCGGUCGAGAUGUUUUGAUCGGUCACAGCGGAGAUCCUUGGGGAUUCCGCAACGAUUCCAAAGAUUUGAGGAACUCACGGGGAGGAGUUCGCUCGCAGUCACCGCUCGACGGAAAUUGCAACGUUAGCUCGAGUGGCGUUCGAUCGACGUCGCAUAAUCGAUCGAGAAGAAGCGUCGUUCAUCUUUACAACAUGGUCGUUUGCGCCACCGGAUGCAACCCGAUCUCUUACAAAGGUUACGGAUGCUACUGCGGCUUCCUCGGCUCCGGAUCCGCGGUCGAUGGCAUCGAUCAAUGUUGCAGAAUGCAUGAUCGGUGUUACGACGCAACAGAGUGUCCGAGUUUUCUUCAGUAUUUUGUACCUUAUUACUGGAAGUGUUACCGAGGCUACAGACCAAUCUGCGCCGUCGAGCACGGUAAAUGGGGCGGUUCCGGAUCGUGCGCUCAACGUUUGUGCGAAUGUGACAGAGCCCUGUCCGAAUGCCUGAGACGGUUUCCAUGUCCAACUUCCAAAGCGGUUUGCACUACGUCGCCCUGGCGUUUGAUACAAAACAUAUUCAUGAUUUUUUAACCUUUGCUCCUUUUUUCACCCUACGUGCUAUCAGACUGUAAUAAGUUUAAGGAUAAAAACUAAAGUUACCAAAA